UCAGGGCCACCGGAAACUGUAGUUCUCGGGAAAGCGGAAGCGGGCUGGUGGCCCGGCGGCAUGGCGGGGCUGGAGCUCCUGUCGGACCAGGGCUAUCGGGUGGACGGGCGGCGCGCCGGGGAGCUGCGCAAGAUCCAGGCGCGGAUGGGUGUAUUCGCUCAGGCCGACGGCUCGGCUUACAUCGAGCAAGGCAACACCAAGGCGUUAGCGGUGGUCUACGGGCCUCACGAGAUUCGGGGCUCCCGGGCACGAGCUCUGCCCGACAGGGCCCUGGUGAACUGUCAGUACAGUUCUGCGACCUUCAGCACAGGUGAGCGCAAGCGGCGGCCACAUGGAGACCGUAAGUCCUGCGAGAUGGGCCUGCAGCUGCGUCAGACCUUCGAGGCAGCCAUCCUUACACAGCUGCAUCCACGCUCCCAGAUUGAUAUCUAUGUGCAGGUGCUGCAGGCAGAUGGUGGGACCUAUGCAGCUUGUGUGAAUGCAGCCACUCUGGCAGUGCUGGACGCUGGGAUACCCAUGCGGGACUUUGUAUGUGCCUGCUCAGCUGGCUUUGUGGAUGGAACAGCUCUGGCAGACCUCAGCCAUGUGGAGGAAGCAGCUGGUGGUCCCCAGCUGGCCCUGGCCCUGCUGCCAGCCUCGGGCCAGAUUGCACUGCUUGAGAUGGAUGCCAGGCUGCAUGAGGACCACCUAGAGCAAGUGCUGGAAGCAGCUGCCCGAGCUGCCCGCGAUGUACACACCCUACUGGACCGUGUGGUCCGGCAGCACGUAAAAGAGGCCUCCAUCUUACUAGGGGACUGAGCCCAUGGCCACCCAUGCCCAGAAUAAAACCCACAUACAGUC